AUGGGAUUAUGCAUCGAAACGACCACCAGUUCUCUUGUUACACUUGCACCAUCAACAUGUGACACACCACAAUUCUUUGACGGCAACGGCACGUUCUACUCCCCGGGAUACCCGGCAUCCUCUCAAGGAGUAACACCCUGCGUGUAUGUGCUGACAGUAGCUCCUCAGGACCUUGUUCAAAUUCACUUCAUAGAUAUCCAGCUCGGCGAUGGCAGCACUAUAGAGCUCUACAACAGCUUCGUCGACACUCAUAACUGGCAAUGUUCCUUCUUCGCAAGUACUUUUCAUCUUCAUCGAAUGUGA